AUGCUCGAGGGACGCGUCGCCGGCCUCCCGAGCAACGAUCACAUUACUCCGCCCCAAUCCACGCCAGCAGCAGCAAGCAACGGCGAGAGCACGUUGUCGAUCCCUUGUACACCUGAUGAACGAGAUGGGACCAGCGACUUAUCUUCUAGAGUGGGCAUGCUGGACUUUCGUACCACGCAGAUAGAGCCGCAAUAUCUUGGCUCAUCAUCUUCCUUUGCAUUCUCUCGCAUCCUCAACCUUUCUCUCAGUAGUAAUCUCCCCACUGCGCCUACACUGGCUCACCUCAGCGAUAGGCGUAGCUCGCCGUCUCCGUGCUUGCUACCAGACUAUCACGUCGCCGUUAGGCUGAGCGGUGCAUAUUUCAAAACUUGGGAGGCAAUGCUCUAUGACUCGUCAUUGGACUUCACUGUGACUGGGUUCUCUUUUACGCCGUUAUUCUUUCUCAAUAUGGUAUAUGCCGUCGCUGCGCUACUUACACCAAGCACUCAAUCCUUAGCUGGCCAACUCUACAUCUCUACUCAGCUGUAUGCUGAUGUGCUGUCCAAGGACAACAUUGAAUCCAUACAAGCUCUGCUGUGCUAUGCUAUGUACUCUCUUCGUUCCCUUGAAGGUCCAUCCCUAUGGAAGAUCUCUGGGCUGGCACUGUGGCAGUGCAUCGAAUUGGGGUAUCAUCGCGGAGUUAAGCAGUUUGCACCAGUCGCGAACAUACUCCAACAAGAGAUGCGAAAGAGGGUCUUCUGGGUCGCUCAAGGGAUAGACUGUACUGUUGCGGUUCGGCUGGGGCGACCUUUAGGUAUACCACCUCAAGAAAUUGAUGCUGAGUUCCCAUUAGAUCUGGAUGACUCUGUUAUCACCGAAACCGGCAUCGUAGAGUUGCCAAGAGAAUAUUCAAGCCAGUCACUAAAAGGGAUGUCUACCGCAAUUCACGUCUUUAAGCUACGUUAUAUUUGGGCUCGUAUACAUACAUCACUGCUUUCAGACACCGUACGCCUAAGCAUUGAAGAUCGCACGUACCAUGCCCGAAUCGAACAACUACGGGUAGACCUGGAGACGUGGUUGGGAAAUGCUCCAGAAGCACGGCCCCAUGUAAAUGACGACUUGUCUAUUUUUGCUAAAAGAGCUUGGUAUGAAACAAACUACAGCCACACAAUACUUCUCCUCUACAGAAGUCAACUUAGAGAGUAUAAGGAAUCGCUCAGCAAGGUCUUUGAACACUGCAUCGAAGCGUCGAGAAGCAUAUGUCAAACCUAUCGUCGAUUAUACAUAGGGACAUCUACGAGGUACACAUGGGGCACUCUGCACUGUCUAUUCUUAGCUGGAUUGACCUAUCUACACUGCUUAUGGACAUCACCGGCAGCAUGGGGGUCUAUCCGGCCAGAAGAUGUCAGCAAGACUUGUACAGAUUGCACAAUGGUGUUGGUAGCGAUUGCCGAGGGCUGGCAAGCUGCUGCCCCAUAUCGUGAUACGUUCGAGGCUCUAGCGAGUCGUGUCAUCGCAAUGGUGUUCAAAAAGAACCGCACUGAACAGGCAUCUUUGCCUCCUCCAAGUGAAGCUGAAACUGAGGAUCAGAACCAGGAUACAUGGGGGUACUGGAUGAAUGAUAUGGCAAAUGCUGGAGUUCUAGAAGGAGUUGACGGGCUUUUGGAAGGCUUUAUUGGCGAUUUUACGACGCAGAUUAGUCCGCAGUGA